CCUAGCUCAGCACCAAGCCUGCUGGUUUCUGGAGGUUUCAUGUGAGACUAGGACAAACCCCGAGCCGUUUUCUCUCUCAUCUUGCUUGGUUAGACUGUUCCCGCCUCCCUUUUGUGUUUUUACACGAACGGAUAAUGUGGAGCUUCAAUGCGCUCGGCGUAUGACCAGUGAUUUUAGGAUGCUGGGCUUGUACCGCUCGUUUUGUUCCUCUUGCUUUACUUAAAUGCCAAUACGGUGAAUGCGUCGGACAGAGUGGACAAGCCUGCUGCUAGAGGUCCGCGUUCAGAAAGUCAACAUCUUGCCUUUUUUAAAAAUUUCUCUGGAGUGACUUCAGAAGGAUGUAACGACCGAUCCACCUUGCACAGCUGAAGUCUUCUCCUCAACAUGCAGAAGGGAAUACGACUUAAUGAUGGUCAUGUCACCUACCUGGGGCUUUUGGCAAAGAAGGAUGGUACAAGACGGGGGUGCUUGAGCAAAAAGAGCUCAGACAACACGAAAUGGCACACAAAGUGGUUUGCUUUGUUACAGAAUAUGCUCUUUUAUUUCGAGAAUGAGUCCAGCUCUCGACCCUCGGGGUUAUACCUGUUGGAAGGAUGCAUAUGCGACAGGGCGCCUUCACUGAAACCUUCACUGUCAGCCAAGGAGUGUUUGGAAAAGCAGUACUAUUUCACUGUCAGCUUCACCCAUGAAAACCAAAAGGCACUCGAGUUACGCACAGAAGAUGUAAAGGACUGCGACGAAUGGGUGGCUGCGAUAUCACAUGCCAGUUACAGAAACUUGGCCACCGAGCAUGAGACUCUCAUGCAAAAGUAUCUUCAUCUGCUUCAGAUUGUGGAGACGGAGAAAACAGUUGCUAAGCAAUUUCGACAACAGAUAGAAGAUGGGGAAAUAGAGAUUGAAAGGCUUAAGUCAGAGAUCGCUGGGUUGCUGAAAGACAAUGAAAAAAUCCACGCCAGCCCUGCAGCUGCCCCAACUGAGGAUGAUUCAGAAAUAAAGAAGAUCAAAAAAGUCCAGAGCUUCCUGCGAGGCUGGAUCUGCAGAAGAAAGUGGAAGACUAUCAUCCAGGAUUACAUCCGCUCACCACACGCAGAAAGCAUGAGGAAGAGGAACCAAGUGGUCUUCAGCAUGUUGGACUCAGAGGCCGAGUAUGUCCAGCAGCUUCACAUCCUGGUGAACAACUUUCUGAGGCCGCUCCGCAUGGCUGCCAGCUCCAAGAAACCGCCCAUCACCCAUGAUGAUGUCAGCAGCAUAUUUCUCAACAGUGAAACUAUCAUGUUUCUACAUCAGAUAUUUUACCAGGGUCUAAAAGCUAGAAUAGCGAGCUGGCCAACAUUAGUGCUGGCUGACCUGUUCGACAUCCUGCUGCCCAUGCUUAACAUCUACCAGGAGUUUGUGAGGAAUCACCAGUACAGCCUGCAGAUCCUAGCUCACUGCAAGCAGAACCGAGACUUCGACAAGCUGCUGAAGCAGUACGAGGCCAAACCCGACUGUGAGGAGAGGACUCUGGAGACCUUCCUCACAUACCCCAUGUUCCAGAUUCCGCGCUAUAUUCUUACGCUCCACGAACUUCUGGCCCACACACCUCAUGAGCAUAUAGAAAGAAACAGUCUGGACUAUGCCAAAUCUAAGCUGGAGGAGCUUUCCAGAAUCAUGCACGAUGAAGUGAGCGAGACCGAAAACAUCAGGAAGAACCUGGCCAUAGAGCGCAUGAUCGUAGAGGGCUGCGAGAUUCUCCUUGACACCAGUCAGACGUUUGUAAGACAAGGUAACCUCAUCCAGGUGCCAAUGAGUGAGAAGGGAAAGAUCACCCGUGGGCGACUGGGCUCUCUGUCUCUAAAGAAAGAGGGAGAGAGGCAGUGCUUUCUCUUCUCCAAGCAUUUAAUCAUCUGCACCAGGGGUUCUGGGGGAAAGCUUCAUCUCACCAAGAAUGGAGUAGUCUCACUUAUAGACUGCACUCUUAUGGAGGAGGCUGAAGGGACAGAUGAUGAGUCCAAAUCAGACAAGAGCAGCCAAGACAUGGAACACCUGGACUUCAAGAUUGUCGUAGAGCCAAAGGACAGCCAGUCAUUCACAGUCAUCCUGGUGGCCUCCUCAAGGCAGGAGAAGUCUGCAUGGACCAGUGACAUCAGUCAGUGUAUAGACAACAUCCGGUGCAACGGGUUAAUGAUGAAUGCCUUUGAAGACAACUCCAAAGUCACAGUACCACAGAUGAUCAAGUCAGAUUCGAGUCUGUACUGUGAUGAUGUGGACAUCCGCUUCAGUAAAAUGAUGAACUCCUGCAAGGUGCUGCAGAUCCGAUAUGCCAGUGUGGAGCGCCUGCUGGAGAGGCUGACCGACCUCCGUUUCCUCUCCAUUGACUUCCUCAACACCUUUCUGCACUCCUAUCGUGUGUUCACCACUGCUGAUGUGGUCCUAGACAAACUCAUUACCAUCUAUAAGAAGCCCAUCAGUGCCAUUCCCGCUCGAUCGCUGGAGUUAUUCUUUGCCAGCAGUCAGAACAGUAAAUUCCUAUAUGGAGAGCCUCCCAGCUCCCCCAGGGCCAGCAGGAAGUUCUCCUCCCCUCCUCCUCUCGCUAUUGCCAAGAAUUCAUCUCCAAACCGUCGACGCAAGCUGUCCCUCAACAUCCCCAUCAUCACUGGGGGCAAAGCUCUUGACCUGGCUGCCCUCAGCUGCUCCUCAAAUGGCUAUGCAAGCAUGUACUCAUCUGUGUCGCCGUUCAGCAAGACCACCUUGGACAUCAAUAAGCUCUAUGUAUCCAGCCCUAUCUCAAGCAAAAUCCCUGAUGAAGGAGAGGACAAGAAGGACAAGGUGGAAGAUACAUCAGUGUGCAAACAAGAUCUCUCAGUACGUGAAGAAAGUGACAAUGAUCAAAACCAGAGUGAUGACGGAGAUCCAGAAGCUUCUCCCACCAAGUCACCAACCACCCCAAAAAACCUCAAAUGCAAAAACUCCUCAGAAUUCUCCCUGUUUUCCUACAACAACGGCAUGGUAAUGUCCUCAUGUCGAGAGCUGGAUAACAACCGUAGUGCCCUGUCUGCUGCCUCCGCCUUUGCUAUUGCUACAGCUGGAGCCAAUGAGGGCACCCCUACCAAGGAGAAAUAUCGGCGGAUGUCCCUUGCCAGCACUGGUUUCCCAACAGAUCAGAGAAAUGGAGACAAAGAGUUUGUGAUCCGACGAGCAGCAACCAACAGAGUCCUGAAUGUCCUGAGACACUGGGUGUCCAAACACUCUCCGGACUUUGAGAAUAACAAUGAGCUGAAGACAAAGGUUAUUGCUUUCCUGGAGGAAGUGAUGCAUGACCCUGAGCUGCUGACCCAGGAGAGGAAAGCAGCAGCCAACAUUAUUAGGACUCUAACUCAGGAAGAUCACGGUGACAAUCAAAUCACCCUUGAAGACGUGACACAGUUGGUGGGAGGAGGGAAGGCAGAGCCCUUUGAGAAUCACUCUGCGUUAGAGAUCGCAGAGCAGCUCACUCUGCUGGAUCACCUGGUGUUUAAAGUCAUCCCAUAUGAGGAAUUCUUUGGACAAGGCUGGAUGAAGAAUGACAAAAAUGAGAAGACACCUUAUAUCAUGAGAACAACAAAGCACUUCAAUGAUAUGAGCAACCUUAUUGCAACAGAGAUCCUGCGCUGUGAAGAUGUGGUCACGAGGGUAGCUGUCAUAGAGAAAUGGGUGGCUGUGGCUGACAUCUGCCGCUGUCUCCACAACUACAAUGCUGUGCUCGAGAUCACCUCCUCCCUCAAUCGCAGCUCUGUUUUCCGCCUUAAGAAGACCUGGCUCAAGGUUUCCAAGCAGACAAAAGCAUUGAUUGAUAAGCUGCAAAAGCUGGUCUCAUCAGAAGGCAGGUUCAAAAACCUGAGAGAAGCAUUGAAGAACUGUGAUCCUCCCUGCGUGCCCUACCUGGGGAUGUACCUCACUGACCUGGCUUUCAUUGAGGAAGGAACGCCAAACUACACCGAAGACAGUUUGGUGAACUUCUCCAAGAUGAGGAUGAUCUCACACAUCAUCAGGGAAAUCAGGCAGUUUCAGCAAACAGCAUACAAAAUUGACCUGCAACCAAAGGGAUCCCAGUAUCUAUUGGAUAACAGCUCUGUUCUGGAUGAAGAAAGCAUGUAUGAAGCCUCACUCAGAAUUGAGCCUAAAGUGCCCAACUGAUGGGCAAGCUGGUCCUUCACGUUAUUUUUCUGUUAAUAUGUCAUAUCUGAUAACAUACACGUUAACUUUGUAUAAUUGUACAUGUUUAUGAUAUUUGCUCUUCUUUGACAACACAUUCUGUGAUCUGUUUCAAGCAUAAUAACAGAGGUCUCUUCAGUUGCACACAGCUGUGUCUUCUUAGUGACCAAUGACAUUAUUUUGCAUUUCAUACCGUGCCAACUUCGCAUUUUCUGAGCACUCACGCUGUCUGCCUUUAUUCUCUUUGCUUGCGUUUUAUUGAUGACUGGGUUUUUCCGCAACUGAUGUAGCAUUGUAAAAAUGUAACUGCAUCAAAUCAGGUAAAAGAGCACAGAGAAUUUAGCUGAAAUUAGUGCUGGGAAACCAUGAUCAGUGGCGAUGACAGCAGGGUAUCUCAAGCAUUUCCCAAACCAAAAUAAGAUGCAUUUGUUUUGUUUCAUUUUUGCUCACUACUCAAAAGACAGAGACUCCCAACCAUUUUUUGCACUGUGGAUCUUUUUUUAAUUGAUAGUGGCAUUGUGGGUCAGCCAACAGGAGAACAACACCCUGUGUCUGACUUGGUUACUUAAGAUUAACUCCAUGUGUCUGCAGCCAUGAUAACAACUCAGUGCUAUGAGCUAAAUGCUAAAAACAGCAUAUGUAUGUUUACCAUGAAGUUCACCACGUUCACUGUUUUUGUUUGAGACUUAUAGGAAAAUAUUAAUUUUUUCAAGUAUUGGUUAUAAACUAAAGUAUUGGGCCACUUAAAAUUAUGACCCGAUGAUGGCACUAGAUGAAAAUACAAGGGAAUGCCAAGUUAUUAUAUUUUGUCCUGAAAGUCGGGGCACAUGAUGCUGUGUGCCUAAUUUUAUGGCAAUCCAUCCAAUAGGUGCUGAGGCACUGUGGUAAAACACACAUAUAUGGCACUAGAGGAAAAGUCAGUGGAUCACCAAAGUCAUUCGGCUUCAUUCUCUAGCACCCAAAUGUGUCAGAGUUUAUGAAAAUCCAUCCAAGUUGUUGAGGCAAAUCCACCUGGACCUCUGUUCUAAGAUACAUGUAACCUAAAACUGACAAAAAAAUUCAAUUGUCUUUUUAAUUGUUGUAUAAUGAUACAUUCCAUUUGUAGCCUGUUGUCAUGAGUUACCUAAACUCACCCUGGACACCUCAGUUCAUUUUACUGUACAUAGUCACUGAUAAAGAGGGGUUUAGAUCGCAGCAAUCCAUGGCAAAAGAUUAGCAGUCUGAAUUUACUUUUACACCAAUAUAGCACAGUGAGUUUCUCCCCAUUUGUCUAACUCUUAUGGUUUUUGAUUUUUUGUUCAACUCAAACUCAUGAAAAAGGUCACAUGCGAUGUUAAGUGUUGUACCUUAAGGUUUGGCGAUACUUCUGUAGAGAAAACGGCCGUUGCUCUUCUGUAAUUAAAAGACAAUCUGUCCUUUUUGCUGUUCCAGUGAUUGUGGAACGUGACUGUAUAUCACUCUGUUAUAUGCAUUGCUGUUAAAAACUAUGAUACAACGUAUGUGAAUGACCUCUGCCUGCAGCAUUCAAACACUAUUUUUGUAGUAGUAUAAGAGAGAGUGACCUGCUCUUUAUAUAAACAUGGGAAAGUAUUUUGUACUUUGUUGUUAAUUCACUUCACUGACAUGUGCUGUACAUUUUGUACAUGCAACCCUGCAUAUUUCUCAACGUGGAACAGUGUAAUCCUUUCCCAAAAACAAAAAUAAAAAAUAAAAAUUGUAUCUCAAGAUUAAACACAAAACAAAGCUACAGUACAACAGUGUGGUCUUGAAACCAUGACUUAGAGGUAGGAGACAACUUCAAAGUGUUUUGCAUUUAUACUGUAAUCCUGUCUAUAACCAUUUCUGUUAGCAGGAAUAUAGUAAUGUAGUGCUUAUUCUGUGAAUAUUUGUAUGUAUUUUUACUAUGUAUGUACAGUACACUUUUGAAGCUCAUGUGGCAGGCAUGCAACACCUUCACAGACAGAAUAAUACUAUAUACUUAUAUUGUAAACACUUAUACAUGCACAUAAUCUUAUAAGGUAUAUAAACAAAUAAACAUUUUGCUGUUAGCAAUACCCAGUGGUAUGAAAAUUAUCUUUCAACCCUCAUGUUUCCACACCUUAAGAAAUAUUCCCAGUUUUGUAUUAAAAAAAGAAACAGAACAAAAGAUAACAAUAAAUAAACAAAAGUAUGUUUCCCAGUUACCUCUUGCUAUAAUAAAUCAAUUUUAUCUCAGGGGGAUUUUGUCUCAAGUGUUUUUGUAGAUUGUCUAUCAGUUGGCUUCAUGUUCCUCUAUGAUGACAUAAAAUGUAAUCCGGUAGUAUUUAACAGCACCUCUCUGU